AUGGACACCGAUGCUAUUAAGUCCCGUCUUACAGCCAUAAGACCUGUCAUCGAAGAGAUUCUUACUGCCGCCGGAACGGUCGGUCUUGCGUACGGAGUCAUUCAUGAGGGCAAGAUCGUGCACACCGACAAUGCUGGCUUCAGUGAUCUUGAGAGGAAGCUUCCCGUCAACGAGGAAACCAUCUUCCCCAUAGCCUCUAUGACCAAGGGCCUUGUCUCCUCCGCACUCGGCUUGCUUGUUGAGGACGAGAAGCUGGAGUGGGACACCCCGAUAUCCAAGAUGCUUCCAGAUUUCAAUCCGCGCUCCAAGGAAGUCAGAGAGUCAGCCACCUUAAUCGACCUUCUUUCCAUGAGAUCAGGACUUGAGAAUUACGGCGUUUGGUUUGGAAGCCAGAACAGCAUCUUGUUUCCGCAAUCGGAUAGCAUGACUCUCAUCAACGAUCUCCAGCAGCGUGCCGCGUUAGGCUCGGAAUGGAUCUACAACAACUGGGGUUACGAGAUUGCUGGACACGUCAUCAAGCAGAUAUCUGGAGAAACAUGGCACUCGCUGCUUCACUCCAAGAUUUUCGAGCCGCUUGGACUUCAUCGAACUGAUGCGCGCGGACGGCCCGGAGACUUCGAUAACGUGGCGCAGGCAUACAUGUCUCUGGAUGAUGGCACACCAGUACUCAUCUCCGGUGUCAAGCUCGGCGGCGACGUCCUCAUCAGUCCAGCAGGCGGCGUCAAGAGCUGCGUCAAGGAUAUGCUGAUGCUCUAUCAAGCUAUCGUAGCUGAAUACAGCCAUCAAUCGACAAACGGACAGACGUCGACCGGUUCACCGUUCAAGGAACUCCCCAAGAUUAUGUCAGCCCAUAUGGACCUACCUGUCCAAAAUCCGCGUGAAGCGUCCUACGGCCUGGGUUGGUGCCGGAACUCGCUCCCUGGAUCCCUAGGCGCCUACAGAUCCAUCCUAGGCGAUGACCCCGUGCUAGGUGAUGGCGCACCACCGAAACUGGUCAUCAGCCACGCAGGCGGUAUGCCUGGAUCCUCCUCCUGGAUGGGCUUUUUCCCGGACAGUAGAAGCGUCAUCGUCGUCCUUACUAAUUCCUCGUCGCUCUGCGAUGCGGCAGACCAUACGAUGCGGUUGCUGACUCAGACGCUGUUUGACUUCCCGAAGAAGAACGACUACGUGAUGUGGGCGAAAAGGGUUGCGGAUGCGGAGCGUGGACGUUACGCCAAGAUUGCUGCAGAGCUCGAGGCGCCGGAGCGGACGCCUGAGAAUGGGCCUAAGGACCUCACGCGGUAUACAUUCGCGAUCGUCAUUGCCUUCCGGGAAGAGGCACUCGCCAUGUCCUUCCAAGGCCGUGACGACGAGACGUUUGAUUUGAAGCACCACGAGCACGACACCUUCUCCUGGCUGUUGACGCGAGAUGAGCUGUCCAGACGUGGCAGGUACCUGAACGAACAGGCCCGCCAUUAUCUCGUCCGGUUUGAAGAUGAUGCGGAUGGGAAGGUCGAGAAGCUUUGCUGGAGCCACGAUCCGAGUGGGCCUGCGGACGCUGUGUUUAUGAGGCAGGAAGACUGA